GUGACCUGAUGCAUCGCGAGCUAGUAGCUAGCCACUGUGGUAUGGUAAUGUGUUGACUAUGCCAUUAACAUCGUUCUUGGGCAUAACAAUGUUAAUAAUAAUAUUGACAGUUUUGCUCUAGCUUGGUUAAUAUGCAGUUCACAUUUUCAAAUGGAGCUUUAUUAGCGUUUUUGGAGAUUUUUUUCAGAAGGCUAAGUGGAAUAGGCGUGUCCAUUAGCUGUCUUUUUUUGAUAUUUUUUUAUGUCUUUAGAAUGUACAGAAAAGAAAAAGACAUGUGCUAAAGUCAAGAUUGCGGAUGUUGGGCAAAAUAUUUUUUAAAAAGAGCAUUUUUCCUUUAAAAAUGACCCAAAUAAUCAGAAAGUUGAGGUUGCCUAAAGCCUGUUGUUAACCCGACCUGCCAUUAGAGGGCGCCCACGCCCCGCAAGCUUACCUGUAAUGCCACGCUAGCUUCAUUGAAACUAGCUAAACUCACCUGAGCUCUGUAAAAGCAAUCCAGUAUUCUUAUUAAACCUGUUCAGUCGACUUUUUUUUACAACGUCUUCACUACGCAGUGCCACAUUUAAGCUACUUCGAUGCACAUUUUGACUACUUUCCAGUCUCUGAAGACGGACGCCUGUCAUUAAAGGGGAGGUGGGGGGUUAAGAUCUAGGAAGUAACUUUGCAACUUUUCUCUCCGUUGGACGACGUAGACGACAAGACACAAUCCUCCAACUUGUCAAACAUACUUGACAUUUUUCAGCACCAUUACCGACGCCGAAGCGUUUGUCAGUUGCUUUUUCUUUUUUAGAAAGUGUUUUGGACUUGUUUGUGGAUUUAUCUUUACCGAAAAAGGCAGGUGGAAAAGUUGUUGUGGGCUUUAUCCCACCAUUUCGUGUCCUGUGUAUGUGAUUUUUUUUCGGCCAAUUGUGUUUCCUUUAAAGAAACUCGCCUUUCUGAAGAUGAAAUGAAAGUUCUUUCUUAAAGGAUGAGCACUUCUGAUGGAGAGGCCCGUGUCGUGCAGAUUUCCCCCCGGUUGCCCCAGACUGCGCCCGCUUAUUGCCCGCUCCAGAUCAGCGCCGGGGACACUGCCAGGGCGGUUAUCUCCAAUGCAGUGGUCACCCUGGGGCUGGACACCGAUCGGGCGUAUAGUCUACUGGAGGUGAGGAAGAGCGGCCGUGAGGAGAAGCUGCUACUGGAGGAUGCCGACUUCCCACUGGAGCGGGUCCUGAUGUGGCCUAAGGGUGCCCAGAAGUGGCACCCCGAGAGAAUGGGGUAUUACUUCAUCCUGGAGGAGGCCACAAAUGGUGGUGCCCAAGUGGAAAGCAAUAAGGAGGACUAUGAUGAUCUGUGUAACCUCCCCACUGUGACCGAGGACUCCAUCUUGGAGGUCUUACGCCAACGCUUCCAGAAGCAUAAAAUCUACACGUACGCCAGCAACAUCCUCCUGGCGCUCAAUCCCAACAAGUUCCUACCGUUGUACUACAACCCCAAGUACGUCAAAAUGUACGAGAAUCAACCGCUGGGCAAGCUCAGUCCGCAUAUAUUCGCUAUGGCCGACCUGGCCUACAGAGCCAUGCUGACCCGGAAAGCGAACCAGUGCAUCGUUAUGUCCGGCCAAAGCGGAUCCGGGAAAACGGAAAGCGGCAGCUAUCUGAUCCACUGCCUGACGGCGCUCAGUCAACAAACGUACUCCAGUGGCAUGGAGCGCACCGUCCUGGGAGCCAGCCCCGUACUCGAGGCUUUUGGCAACGCAAAGACACAAGAGAACGACAACUCCAGUCGCUUCGGGAAAUUUAUCCAACUCAACUAUCUGGAGAGCGGCGUGAUUCGAGGGGCGGUUAUCAAGAAGUACCUGCUUGAAACGUGCCGCCUGGUUGGCCGAGAUAAGCGGGAGAGGAACUACCAUGUCUUCUACUAUCUGCUGGUGGGAGCGUCCAAAGACGAGCAGGAGGAGUUCCGUCUGUUACCGCCUCAGGAUUAUCUCUACCUCAAGCAGGAAGACCUCCACUUGGAUGAUGAGGUGAAGCUGGGACAAGCAUACAAGAGGCUCCAUCAAGCCAUGGAGAUGGUUGGCUUCUUGCCUUCCACCAAGAAACACAUAUUUUCCACUCUCUCUGCCAUCUUGCUUUUGGGCAAUGUCAACUUCACUCUGGGGGAGAACAGCCAAGCUCUGGAGGUUGGACCAGAGGAUGUUUUGUCCACGUUGUCGGAGCUUCUCAAGGUGAAAAAGGAGCAACUUGUAAAGACUCUGACCGAGAGGAGAGUCUCCAGCGACGAUGCAACGGUGGUUUCACAAUACACGCUAGAAAAGGCCACGGCUGCACGGGACUCCAUGGCAAAGUCUUUAUACGCCGCCCUGUUUGACUGGAUCGUCCUUCACAUCAACCACGCUCUGCUCAACAGGCGUGAUAUGGAGGAGUCUGCUUGCUGUUUGUCCAUCGGCGUCCUGGAUCUGUUUGGCCUGGAGAACCUGCAGACAAACGGCUUUGAGCAGCUGUGCAUCAACUACAGCAAUGAGAAGCUUCACUGCUACACGAACCAGCAGAUCUUCCAACUUCAGCAAGAAGACUAUGCGUCGGAGGGCAUCACCUAUCACAGCUUUGACUACAGCGACAACAGCCGAUGCGUUCAACUGAUCAGCGACGGACUCUUCCCCGUGCUGGAUGAGCAGAGCACAAUCCCUCAAUCAACCGACGAGGCGGUGUUGGACAAGCUGAAGCUGCGGCUCAAGGACAACUCGCUCUUUGCGACCUCCAUUGACUCCGAGUCGCUGUUUGUCAUUCAGCACUUUGCUGGCAGCAUUCAAUAUUGCAUCAAGGGUUUCCGACAGAAGAACACGGAUCACAUGCAGCCGGAUGUGGCACGGCUUCUACGGAGCAGCGAGCGAUCAUUCCUGCAUCACCUGGUCACAUCCAGUCCGGAGGCUUUAUUCCGUUGGGGCGUGCUCCGAGCCACUAUCCGCAUCCUGGCGGUAUUCAAGGGCUUGGGGCGCCAGUACGCCGAGAAGAUGGGCGCCAGACGCUCGUCACGCAAAUCCCUCAAAGACAUAAAGCAGAGGCUUUCCAGCAACAGCUGGACGCUGGACUUCUCCUUCGAUCGCUCUGACGAACAUCCCCUUGACAUAUUUGAGGACAUCUUUGCCAAUUUCGAAAAGAGGAAGAAAACGAGAGCCGGUCGACAGAAGCAAGUCAUUCCAAAGACUCUCAUGGACCUACGCUCCCUCAGACAUGUUGUGGAUGUGGUCUCACAUGCAACACCUGCUACAGUUUGCGCUCAGUUUCAGGCGUCACUCACACAGUUGAUGGACACUUUGGCAAAAGCCGAGCCCUUCUUUAUUUUUUGCUUGCGCUCCAACGCUGAAAAGAAAGAAUUACACUUUGAUGAUGAGCUGGUGCGCCGGCAAAUCCGCUACACCGGCAUCCUGCAGAUGGUUCUGGUCCAGAAGUCGGGUUACGCUGCCAAGUACACUUUUAAGGAAUUUGUUGAUAAAUUCCGAAUGUUGCUUCCCAAAGAGGCAAAGGAAUCUCCUGAGCACAUCAGCAACCUGCUCACUAGAUUGGGCUUGGACCAGGGCACCUACCAAAUAGGAAAAAGCAAGGUGUUCCUUAAAGAACAAGAGAGGCAGCUUCUCCAGGACACCCUCAACAAGGAAGUGAUACGUCACAUCAUCGUCCUCCAGCGCUGGUUCCGGGCUUGUCUGAUGAGGAUGCACUUCCUGCAGAGGAGAGAUGCAUCGCUUAUUAUACAGAGGAGUUGGCGUGAGUUUUCAGAGAAGCGCAACAAAGCUGCCUCGGUGAUCCAAACUGCGUGGCGCACUUCACUGAAGAGGUCGCUGAAACUGAAGGAGAUAUCCGAUGAUGAGAACUCUACAAAAGGCCAACCCGGAAGAAUCAGAGUAUCGAGGAAAGGACUGCGGCGGCAGCACAAAGUGGAGCUCAGCCCCAACAGAAGCGAGCAGACGGAUCCGGUCAACGGUCAGUCGGCGCAGGAGGGGGGCAGGAGCCGGGAGAGUCGCGACGGUCGGGGUUGUGCACCAGCCCUCAACCGACCCUUCUCCGUUCCUUUGGACCCCAAAGCGGGCAGCGAUGACAGCAGUGCCGGCUCCCCGAAGAGCAUCCCCCUUCAGCGCUACAAAGACGGACGUGGCUUUAAGGAGAAGGGCGAGAGGUGGCGGGGCAGGAUGAGCGACGAGUCAAGUCCAGAAGUGCACAGGCGGAAAGACUUUCAGCGGAAGGGGAAGUCCAUGUCUGCUGAUGAGCUGUCCAAGGUCAGCUCCUCCGGCUCGGACAGCUCACCGUCUGCCAGUGAGGUCAGGGUACGCAUGCGCAGGAAGCCCAAACGCAAGCGGCGUUUAGCCUACGCCCGUAGCGGUUUGGUGAUUAACUUUGCCGGCUCCAAGGAGAGCGAGUACUGGAGCUUUCCGCUGCCGCCCAUGAGCCCCCGGGCGCCCACCCUGAAGACGUCAGCCAGUAGCGUGGACGUCCGCGCCUUCAAAUCUCAGGUCAAGAUCCCUGCGGAACCGGACGGGUCUCGGUUCAGCCUUCCUGCCAGCAGCGCCAAUGAUGAGUCCAGCCUGCAGAGAUCUAACCAAUCACAUCUUACCACACCUGAGAAAAUUUGGUUUCUUAGUAGAUUCCUGCGAAAGCGAUCGCCUAAAUUAACCACCAGCAUUGAGACACCUUCACAGGAUAAAGCUAUCACCUUGCCCAGGUACACGCCUCAAACCUACCACAUGCCCAACCAGCACUCCGCCCGCAUCAGUCGCAACCCGACCAUCAAAAUCAGCCGGGCCACUCGGGUCCAGCAGUGGAACGCCUCCCUGGACCGCGAGAUCACCAAUCCCAAAGAACUACGCAACCUGGAUGAGUUUCUCGGCAACCAGGUGAACGAGUUGCGACUGCGAAUAAAAGAGCUGUCGCAAACAGAGGGCAUCUUCCUGACCGCCACCAUGCAGUUCAGAGAGACCAUCAAGGGCAUGUUCUCUGUGCAGAAGCCUCAGAUCGGCUACAAGGACCUGAUGAAGGGCUACCAUAGCAAGGUCUGCUCCCUGGCCGGCCCCAAGAAGAAGAACGAAGUAUCCCUGGUGGUCAACCUGUUCCAGUCCGUGCUGGACGGCUUCAUCCGGGGCGAGAUGAAGAGGUUGGAGUCGGAGCCGGUCAAGGCUUCCAAGACGACCAAGAAAAGAAGGAAAAAGGACAAAUGUCCCGACGGUCCGCUGGACCACCGCUUCAGCACCUACCAGGUGAACAUCAUGCAGUCAUGUGACCUGUGUGGCUCCUACAUCUGGGGCAUGGAGAAAGCCUACAUGUGCAGCGCCUGCAAGCUGAUAUGUCACAAGAAAUGCCUGACCAAGAUCAUCACUGACUGCUCAACACGCUGCGCCCUGCAGGACGACAGCGUGCCGGGCGCCCUUCAUUUCGGGGUGCACGUGUGCGUCCUCACCAGCAAGACCACCCCGGUGCCCAAGGUGGUGGAGCUGCUGCUGCUGCACGUGGAGAUGAACGGGCUCUACACCGAGGGCCUCUACCGCAAGUCGGGCUCAGCUUGCCGUGCCCGGGAACUGCAUCAGAUCAUGGAGAUGGACCCCGAGGCGGCCUGUCUGGAGAACUACCACAUCCACACCGUGGCAGGCCUGCUGAAACGGUGGCUCAGAGAGCUGCCCGACCCCCUCAUGACCUUUUGUCUUUACAAGGACUUCCUGCAUGCAGUGGAGCUUCCAGAAAGGUCAGAGAGGAUCAGGGCAGUGUACCAGAAGGUGGAUGAGCUUCCUCUAGCCAAUUACAACACACUGGAACGGCUUAUCUUCCAUCUGGUUCGGGUGGCAAACGAGGAAGAUUACAAUAAGAUGUCCCCGAGCUCCCUCGCUAUCGUUUUCGCCCCGUGUAUCCUACGCUCUCCCGACUACGAUGACCCCUUUGUGGGGAUGAAGGACGUUCCGAGGACGACCACGUGUGUGGAGAUCCUCAUCACGGAGCAGUUCAGGCGCUACAAGGAGAAGCUGCAGAACAUCCAGGAGUUGGAGUACGCUGAGGCUUUGGCUGUCAAUCAACUCAAGCUGAAGAGGCAGAACACGAUUGUGGAAAAACCCUCUGAGCUGAACGUUCCGGACCAGACAGAUUCCGACGAGAGGACUCUGAUAGAAAGAAUAAGGUCCAUCAAGCAAGAAAAGCUGGACCUGGCUUGUAGGCUACCCGAUUUGGAACAGGAGAACUCUGACAACGAAAUCCUGGACUCUUCGUCAUCCAUGAGCACGGAGAGUCUGGACGAGCGUCUGGGCAGUCUGGACUCGGAAGCGAAGGUGCCAAGUCGGUACAAACCGACGGAACCGAAUGUCGUCCAGCCAGAGAGCUUCGAGGCUAGCCGGGAGGACGCCACGCACCCGUCUGCCGUCAACACAAACACUUUCAGCGGGAGUUUUGACAACCUGGAAAUUCCUUACAUUGAUGAUGAUGAUGAUAAUGAGGCCAGUUAACGCCUCCAUGUGUCACCAUUGGCGGCGGCGAGGUGGCUUUUAACCAUCUUGUCGGUGCUGCUGUGGAAAAAAAGGACAGUGUAUUUAAUAGCGGACACACUAAUAACAGUACCACUAUGUCGCCAUGUGACUUUAUUAGUAUUUCAAUACUGUACAUACAUUUUUUUUUAAUUAAGGUACCUGAAUGAACUUUAAAAAAACAUUGACAGCCACUACGGUACGAUUGUGCACAAAAGAGGCUGAUUACUGUAGAAAAACACUGUUCUCUCUGCUAUGACUGAUCCUAUUGUUGUUGUUUUUUAGACUGACGUACUUUUCCUUGUUUGGUUACUAAAAUGUCGACUAUGUGGGUGUUUAUGUGCCUCCACCCCAUGCAUGUACAGGUGCAUCUCAAUAAAUAUUAAUAUGGUUACCAAUUAUGGGUGUUA